CUCUCUUCUCUUGACCACCCACUCAUUCGACUCUCUCUUUUUACCUUUUCUCAGCUGUCCUUCUUUGUUGGCCGUUUGAGAUAGCAAGCCUGCCAUGUCGGGCCAGAUCCAUUUCGUGACUCCAACUAACAGAUGGAUCGGGAGCAUUCCGCUCUCUACACUCGACCCACUCACCUUCGAGCCAUUCUCAACCUAUUUACGCCAUCGUCCGCGUCAGUCAAAGGCAAACGACCGAAAUGAUGGCGAAGAAGACGCAGCGAAGGAUGAGGAGUUCAAAGAUAGGAUCUCAAAUAUGCAGGGACAACCUGUAUCACUGAUUCUUGCACGGUUGCAGACCACGCAGGGAUGUUCCUGUGGUUGCACAGUACCCGCGCCGCCAAAGCAUUCAGAUUAUUACCAUGCACAGCACAUCUUACGCUUGAUCUUUCAGACCCAAAAAAUUCGCUCUCGAGCACUCAGGACGAACUUUCCUGGGUACUUUGAAAGGCCCGAGGAAACGGAGGAUGGGGGUACGGGCUCGGAUCGAGACACGGAUGCCAUCUCGGAGAAAGACGACGACGAAGAGGAUCAUCGAUCUCAGCCCCAACCCCAACGGGAACCUUCAGAUUGUCCGGACUCUAUCGCAAUUGCGAUCGACGAUCCUUUGCACGAUCAGCGGAACCAAUCUAGGGAAGCAGCAGUUGUACACAAACCGCCAAAGACCCCACAAUUUGUCCACUCGCUGAUUCAGAACCGAGCGCUGAGGAAUCCUUUGACUAACAUGGACACGGAUGGAGACCCGACAUUUUUUAUUGUCCUUGAACCCGGGCACGGGGGAUGGUGGCACGAACCCUGGGCGAUGGCGACUCGGCCUCCAGGAGUUCCGAGACCAAAUUACCAUCAACAUCAGCAUCACCGCCAUCAUCCUGAUCCUCAUUAUCAGCAGGAAAUAUCGUCGGCGGAGGAAUCCGAGCAGACCCUAGAGAGAAUCCAGCACGAAAAGGAGCUCCAGAAGGAAAGAUGGCGGCAAGGUCGAAUUGGCAACCUGGAGCUUGAGGCUCAGCACGAACUGGAGUGGAGGCGCUGGCAACGGAGUCUUACUGCCUUUGACAAGACCUCAUCGACAACGGCUUCUCGAUCAAAGACGAGAUCUAUGCGCUACAGACUGGGCAAGGACAUUACGCUGCUGGAGCCUUCUGAACGGGGUCUGCGAUUACCAAAGUACGUCUGUACCAGAAUUACGGAUGAUAAAUGUGAUCGGCAAGAGAAGGAAUUUACGAAGGCUGACUCGGACAUCGCAUCAACAGACAUCGAUACGGGCAAGGUUGGAGGGAAUUUUCAAUCCGUUCAGGUAUCAGCUCCGCUAGACGAGGUGGAGCUGGAGGAUAUCCGUCAGCAACAGGCACAUGCGCAAGAACAGCAGGAAGAUCCAAAGAUCCGAUAUAAGACCCCUCUCUUGAAUGAAAAGAAGCGGCAGAAAGACGCCGCUGUCCGAUCAUGUCGGCCACCGCCAAAAGUCCAGCCGUGGUGGGACCCAAAUCCGCAGCCAUUUGUCAUGCCCAGCACAAAGUUGUCGCCGUUUGCGAUAUCCACGCUCCCAGAACCUGUGGCCAAGUGUUUUGGUGGCAUAUCGAUCUAUGCCCAAAGACCGCCCUCUUCACAGCAACCGCAGGCGUCGCAAAGCGCUCAGGAUUCGAGCCAGGCGCAGGAGCAGAGGCAAAAUGAGGAUAGGGAGGGCUCAGGGUCCAACGAGGAAAAUGGUUGUGCAAAACCAGCUGAGGUGCCACUGGACAGCGAUACCAACGGAUGUAAGUGGGUUCCAGUGCAGGAGGGAGAUCGCGUAGCGGUCAUGAUUGGAACAAGCAAAGACUUUCUACUCUUUCCAUCUUUUCAGCGGCUGCUCUUUCGUCAUCUGAGCCGCGAGGACUUUGAGGACCGUGUGGGGCGAGUAGGCGUGAUCCCUUGCCCUGUCUCAACAGUUGUGUUGGAAGGACGACGAUCAUCAAAUGAAGGCCAUCGCAGGAGUGUCAGUAUUAGCGAGAGUAAUGCAGAAGAGGUAUCUCACCAAGGUCCCACAUCAGGAUUUAUAAACGACAGCCAAGCUGAACAGGAUGUGCCACAAGGUGGCGAACGAGAUACGUAUGGACAGAGUAGGGGUCCACAGCGGUCUUGGCUGUCGCGGUUCUCGCGCAGAGGCGCAGGGUCAUCGGACGCGCGAGUAUCAGCAACGAUGGUGCAGACAAUGGCGGAGAGAUCGGAUACACAGAGGGGUACAGAUUUGCAGGGUACAAGUCCUAACUUUGAAAUGCACGCAGAGUCGUCAGGAUCAAUUCGCGCGUCUAGUACUGAAUUGGAGACAGAACCGGCUCAUCUAAACGAAAAGACUCAAGACAAACAUUCAGUAACACGCCUCAGGACAGAACAGCAAGAUCAAAGCACUCCCGGUGAAGGAAAGACAGAUUCACAGCCACAAAGACGGCCCCAGGAGGAAUUAGAGGAGGAUCAAGAACGACAGUGGGGGCUUUAUUGGGAGACCCUGGAGCGCGAGGACUAUGACUCUUCUACGUAUGAAUAUCCGCCUUCAGAUGACGACCUGUUCAUGUAUCCACCUGGUGAAUUCAUUGACAGUAGCAGCGACACCAACAGCUCCUCAGACGAGAAUGACCAAAACGCUCAUGAUGGAAGCGAUCAAGGAGGAGCAAGUUCAAGGCCUGGACGAUGCUGCUGGUCUCUUCACAACUGGAUCCAACUGCUUCUGUUCUGUCGUCGGCCUCAGCCUAGAGGCGGGUCUGUGUCGGAAUCGCGACGUGCCCGAAGACGGCGUCUUCGACGGGAGCGCUGGCAUGCGUAUCAGCUACAGCAACGGCACCAACAGCAGCAAGAAGAAUCGGUGGCGAUGUAUAGGUUUAUGCCGGAGCCGUUGCAGCGGGCUAUGGGACCUGAGGAAGUGCAUCGGUGUUGUAUGGUGGUGGAGUUUUGUCGGCUUUAUUUGACAAUUCUGAUGGCGAUGGUGCUGAUAGGCGCGAUUGUGUAUGGUGCAGUUCAGGCAGAAGCAUCGCCGCGUUCGCCGCGUUCACCGCAUUCAUCAACAUCGUCAUCGUCGACGUCGUCCUCGGAGGGAGCGAGGGUGACUGGGCCGUUGGAUGCGAAUGUAAACCCGAACCAGAUGAUGGUUUAUGGAUCGUUUGUUAGUCAAUCGCAGCCUGGAGUAGGAUUUUUGGAUCGGGAAGUGAAUAAGGUAGUUGAACAGGAGACAGACAAGGUUGUCGAGGGCGGUGUCAGUCGUCGCGGACUGCCUUUAAAGGCCCAGAAACAGCGGCAGCUUGAGAAAAAGAGGAAGAAGACGCGGCAUCACCAUCAUCUUAGGAGCCGGUCGCAGAGAUAG